GCUAGUAAGCUGUAGCGACCUUCUAAAAGUAACGUCAAGAAUUUUCCAAGAUGCCCGCAAGACCUACUGUGAGACAUAAAAUUGCACUGGUUGGAGAUAGUGGGGUUGGAAAGUCCACCAUUCUCUCAACCUUUAAAGGAGAACGCUUCAAUCCCCUCUAUGUGAUUACUCGAAAAAGAGAAAUAAAGACUGCUGUGGUAAACGUUGGGAAUGAAGUUGCAGAACUUCAAAUAUGGGACACACCUGGUAGUGCUGACUGCAGGACAAUGACAGCUGCAUAUGUACAAGAAGAUGUUCAGGGUGUGGUUGUAGUGUUUGAUGUGACAAGUUAUGAUAGUUACAUGAAUGUUCAACAUUGGGUCAAAACAGUAAACCAGUUUGCAGGACAAGAAAAUGUUAAAUUUGUAUUUGUGGGAAAUAAAACUGACUUAGAAAGGCAAAGGAAAGUUUCAGAGGAUCAUGGACAGGAGUUGGCAAAUCAAACCAAUGGAGCUUACAUUGAUGCAAGUGCAAAGACAAAUAAAAACAUAGAGAUGAUAUUCAGAAGAAUGACAGAGAUUAUUUUAGGUAUGAAUGAAGCAUCAAAUAUGAAUAAUGAACGAAGAUCUGGAGCAGGAGAUUCUGGAGACUACAAUGGAAAAGAAAGGGAAGGAUUUCAUUGUACCGUUUUAUGAUAGUAUCUACUCGUAAUGGGUGUUAUUCUACAAAAAUUUUCUUCAAGCGAAUUCAGACAGAAUAAAAAUACAAUAGCAAACUUCAAGCUGUGAAUCGAAUGAGCUCUACCGAAUUUUCAUCCCGGCAAUUCUCGCUUAGGUCAUCUCCCAGCCUGAUUUUCAAAUAGCCUCGGGUCGUUCGCUCCGAAUCCUCCUCUCUGAAGCAAACGACUUUUGAAAAUAUUGUUUUGGAAUCAAACUGAUCAUCGUUCAUAGUGCGAGUGAAUUAGGAGCCGCAGCUGAUUUUGAUGGAGGCGAACGCAACGGGGCCGAUCUCGCACUAGCCUCACGUGAUUCGUUGCUUAACAAUCGAAAACGGCGGUAGGUAGAUUUCAUGAAUCUUGAACCAUUGCUUUGUUUUUGGAUAGAGCAGGCUGGACGUUUUUAACUCAUUCCGGAAUGGGGCGUGUGAAAUGUAAUUUUAUUGAUAACUGUAAGUUAAGAUCGUGGAAUGCAUUUUGGUUAUAAACGUUAAGUCACAAGUAGCUUUUACGAGUUCAGCGGACAGUUUACAGUAAUAAUCAAGAAGUUAUUUUUAUCGUAGUGACUCAAUGAAUUAACAAAUGUAGUAUAGUUAACAAUAAUUCCACUCGCGCUUGUUGGAUACGAGAUGAUAGAUAGCCAACGAGGCGCGUAGCGCCGAGUUGGCUAUAAUCA